GAACUCGGGAAACCACCGAGUUCGGUCGGUUCCCUACAGCGAGUCGCGGCACCCCUAUAAAAGCCGAGCCUUCCCAUGGCACGCCAUCCACUUCGUUCUGCUCUUUCAACGCAUCAAGAAGACUCAGCGAGAAUCUUUUGAUCGACACCAGUCCUCAAUCCAAUUCAACAUCAUGCCUAACAAAGGAGAUGCCAACCGCACAAAUCAGUGCAACCCGAACCAUCAAUCUACGGGCCCGGGUCAUAAAGCGGAAUACCAAGGGGCGCAAUCGAACCGCGACAACCGUAGCAACCAGCUUAAUCCUAACAAUCCCGAAUUCGGAGGUGGCAACAAAAAAUAAGAAGACAUAUGAUUUUAUGUGUCAAUGAGAUCAAAAAUAAUAAUGUAAUAAAAUCUCAAAAUAUGUAAAAGAAA